AUGGGGUCUAUCUCCCUCGACCCCCAGGAGCGGCCGGUUUUGGUUUUUGGGGACCAGACGGACGUCUUCUACCCGACCAUCAAGCUCCUCUAUUCUCAGGCGUCUGCCAGCCCCUGGCUGCGAGAGUUCCUGCAGAGCGCAACAUCCACGUUGAAAGAGGAGAUUGACGCACUUGAACCCAAGCUGAGAGAUACAUUUGGCGGUGAUUUCACCGACUUGCUGCACCUCGCCGAGCGCUUUCGAGAGUCCGGCGAUCCCGAGGGCCUGGCGAGUACUCUGCUGGUGACUAUCAUGCGAGCCGGUGUACUUGUACAAUACAUGGAAUCCAACCCCGCGAUUCUUUGCUCCAAUGAGACGCCCAUCUGCCUGGCCGCUGCCUGCGGAGGUCUGUUGAACGCUGCCGCCCUCAUGGUUUCUCAUGACAUGCCAUCCCUGUGCCGUGCUGGGCUAGACACGAUCCGGAUGGCCCGGCGCCUCAUUGAGGUUGUCGCCGCAAGAUCAAGGUCGGUCCAGGAUGGGCCGGGCUGCUGGGGCUGGCUGGUGUCGGGCAUAGAUGCUACCAAGUUGCAAGCCAUCCUUGAUUCCUAUCACGAGACUGAGACCAUUCUUGAGCACAGAAAGCUGAAACUGGCUGGAACUGGUCUUGAAAACGCGUGGCACACCGUUGUCGGCCCGCCAACCGUUAUAGAGCACUUCUUCAGCAAAUACCCGCUCGUCCAGGGUCUCCCAAAAUCCAAGCUGCAAGUCACAGGCCUCGUACACGUAAUCCCUGAUGUUACGCAGGCUGAGGUUGAUCAUGUGGCUGGCGGCAUGACAUCGCUUCUUCCGAUCCUUGAGAGUCCUCCCCAUGCUAAUGUGCAGUUGGUGUCUCUGGGCGAAGGCGGCUUGCUCUCCGCGCCGUCGUGGAGCGCUCUCCUGCACCUCCUUGUCCGGGAGAUCCUCAGCCGGCCUCUUAACAUGACACAGGGACUGUCCGCAGUGGAUUCAGUACUCCCGCCUAAGGCUUCGUUAAAGGUCUAUGGCGUAGGGCCCUCGCUUCACACUUCAACUCUUUGCGCUUACUUAGAAGGCAAGGGAAAAACGGUCUUGAGCAUCGAGAGGGAGCCCAAGGCGCCGUCUGGUGCGCAGGAAGCGAGGCAAAACUCCGGGCGCAUCGCCAUCGUCGGCAUGGGAGGUCGUUACCCUCAGUCCAGAGACCUGGAGGAGUUUUGGGAAAAGAUCUGUGAAGGAAUGGCUCUUCACACUGAGAUUCCACAAGACCGCUUCGGCCUGGACGAUUACUACAAUGCCAGCAACUCGCCCUUCACGACAAAUACAAAAUACGGGUGUUUCCUUGACAACCCGGGUCUGUUCGAUGCCCGUUUUUUCAACUUGUCGCCCCGCGAGGCAAUGGAAGUUGACCCUGCCCACCGGCUAUUCCUGCUUGCCGUCUUCGAGGCUCUCGAAACGGCCGGGUACGCUCGACGCCCGCAUACAAAGACGGAAGGGUGUCGGUUCGCGACGUUCGUAGGUCAGAUCGCCGACGACUGGGCCGAGAUCAUAAGACUCCGCGGCGGCGACGCCUUCAGCCUGACCGGCAACCAGCGGUCGUUUGCCGCCGGCCGCGUCAACUACCACUUCAAGUGGGCUGGUCCGGCAGUCACCUUGGACACGGCGUGCUCGUCGAGCAUGACGGCGCUCGCCCAGGCCUGCACGUUUCUGUUGUCCGGCGAGUGUGACAUGGCCGUCGCCGGCGGCACCAACAUCCUCACGAGCCCGUUCAACUUCAACGUCCUCGGCAAGGCGGGGUUCACCUCCACGACGGGGGGGUGCAAGUCGUACCGGGCAGAUGCUGACGGCUACUGCCGCGGCGAGUUCGUCGGCGCGUUCGUGCUCAAGCGUUACGAGGACGCCGUGGCGGCGAACGACAACAUCCUCGCCGUGGUGUUGAGCUCGGCGAGGAACCACUCGGGGAACGCAAUCUCCAUCACGCACUCGGACCACGAGGCCCAGGAACACCUCAUGGCGGAAGUCCUCCGCAAGGCCCACCUGGAACCAUCGGACAUAUCCUACGUGGAAAUGCACGGCACCGGCACGCAGGUCGGGGACUAUGCCGAGAUGACGGCGGUGAGCAAUGCUCUCGGCCGUGGUCGUCGGAAAGACCCUCUACGCGUGGGUUCGAUCAAGGCGAACGCGGGACAUGGCGAGGCUGGCGCAGGCGCCGCCGCAGUCAUCAAGGCCAUCAUGAUGUUUGAGAGAAGCAUCAUACCACCUCAGGCAGGACUCCCGAAUCGGCUCAAUCCGCGUUUCCCUCCUCUAUCGGAGCUCAACGUCGAGAUUCCCACGGCUAUCACCGAGUUCAAAACCACCCCGGGCCGUCCACGCAGAAUACUGCUGAACAACUUUGACGCGUCAGGCGGAAACACCUGUCUGUUGCUGGAAGAGCCGCCCUCAAGGCAACCCAUCUCUCAAGCCAAGUUUGACCUUCCGUCUACAUUCGCUGUGGUUACUUCUGCAAAGACUCCCAGGUCUCACGAGAUGAACAAGCAAAGGAUUCUGGCGUACAUCAGAUCGAAACCCAAUCUCCGAUUGGAAGACCUCGCCUACACCGCCAGUGCCAGGCGCCUCCACCACCCGAUCCGGUCAGCGUACACGGCGGCGUCCAUCAACGAGCUUGAACAUCUGAUCGAAGCCGACAUUGAAGCAGCCGCUGGAGCUGGAGCUGGAGCUGUACCCAACGCCGGUGCGCGCAGCCCUGUGGUCUUCGCGUUCUCCGGCCAGGGCCAGCUACACGCUGGCAUGGGCGCGGCGCUGUACCGGGACGCCCCCGCGUUCCGCGACAAAAUGAACACCUGCGUCCGCAUCUGUGAAUCGUUUGGUUUCCCCUCCUUCAUCAAUAUUAUCAGCAACCCCGCGGUAAAGGUGGCUGAAAGGCCAGCAUCCGAGACGCAGCUGGCCAUCGUGUGUCUGGAGAUCUCCUUGGCGGCCUUCUGGGCUUCCUGCGGCAUAGUCCCCGAACUGGUCAUAGGUCAUAGUCUGGGAGAAUACGCUGCGUUGCAUGCUGCGGGAAUCCUCUCUCUUGCCGAUACGCUGCUUCUGGUUGGCAAGCGGGCUCUGCUGAUGGAGAAGCGGUGCGUAGCUGGUGCGUUUUUGAUGCUCUCCAUCGCAGCUCCGUUGGAUUCUGUGCACCAGCUGGUCAAGAACUAUCCAGGCAUGUCCGUUUCCUGCAUCAACGGCCCUGCUGCCAUCGUCGUGAGCGGUCCGGCGGAGGACAUAUUGUCUCUGCAAGCUGCGCUGCGCACACAACGGAUUCGCUGUACGGUCUUGCCGCUGCCGUAUGCAUUCCAUUCGGGCCAGCUGGAUCCCGUGUUGGACGACUACGCCGCCCUGGCACGAACCGUUCCCUUUGGCGUUCCCAAGUUGCCCUUUGCUUCGACACUGCUGGGCGACGUCAUUACCCAAGCCAACCACAUCGACGGGGAGUAUCUCGUUCGUCAGACCCGCGAGGCUGUCGACUUCGUUGGCGGCGUACAGGCCACUGACGCGAAGCUGGGGGACUGCAUGUGGCUGGAGCUUGGCCCAGCUUCCGUACUCAUCGACUUGGCCGCAGCCAUUCUGCCGUCUGGAGCCCCCAACAAGGCACGUAUGGCCUCCUCGUUGAAGCCUGGUGCUUCACCCUGGACAUCUGUCUCCGCCGCACUCGCCACUGCUUAUGAAGCACAACAAGACGUCGACUGGGCCGGGAUUUACGCCCCUCACGCCGCUAGCCUGCGCCUGGUUAACCUGCCCUUGUACGCGUUCGAUCUCAAGAACUACUGGCGUCCCUAUCCAGCACGGGCUGACGCAGCAGGAGUAAAGACAGACGCUGCGGCUGUGACACAUUCAUCGCCAUCCCUUCCUACCCCUCCUCUCUCUACUUGCCUCCAUCAUGUGGUAAGCACAUCAGCAUCGCUCUUCAAGUUUCGCUCUUCUCUCUCAGAGCCUCAGUUGAAGGCCUUGAUCGACGGUCACCGGCUAAUGGACGUCCCCAUCUCACCUGCGUGCGUUCUGGGUGAGAUGGCUCUGACUGCUGCUGCAUACGCCUUCAAAAGGGCGGGACACCAGGAUCUGAAGUCUAUCGACCUUGGAACCAGAGAUUGCGUGUUCUUGAAACCCGUUUCUGUUGACCCACGCAGGGUGGACCAGGAAGUCAUCAUCACCGCCGAGAUACUGAACAGGCCUGAGGGCGUCGCUGAGGUCAAGAUGUACUCCGACACACAGCAAAGCUCUGGCCUCGCCGCAGCGCAGGUUAAGGUUCACAUCGCAAAACCGAAGCAACUCCACGAGGAGUGGUCCAUGGUUUCACGUUUCAUCUGGGAGCGCUGUGCCGGCGUCGUCGAGGCUGCCAAAGGUGGCCGUGGCCAGCGCCUCACGCCCGCCUUCUUCUAUUCCAUCUUUGGGCGGACCGUUCGAUACUCGGCGGCUUUCCAGCGGAUCGUGGACGUCUUCCUCUCACCUGACAUGCAGGAGGGUGUCGCCGAGGUUGUCCUUGCACCCACCCCGGAAUCAUGCACCUUCACGCUCAACCCGUACUGGGUCGAUAGCCUGACCCAUCUGGCAGGUUUCCUCGUCAACGGCGACCCUGCCAAGUCUGCCGAUUCCUUGUUCAUGAUGAACUCGUAUGGCUCGUACAACAUUGUUGAGCCUUUGGAGCCUGACUGUCGCUACAUGGUGUACACUCGUGUCAUCAGUCGAGAGAGGAAAACGGCAAUCGUCAAUGUGUAUGUCUUCCGCGAGGAGCGGCUCGUUAUGCAGAACCUGGGUUUGCACCUCCAAGAGAUCCCUACGUCCCUCAUCGCGCGUAUGAUUGGCAAAACGGAUUUCAACAAGCCUUCUAGUGCCCCAAUCGCGGCACGGCCAGAAGUCCAUGGCAAAGACUCUCUAAUCGCCGCCAGCGACCGCCCGACUCCGGCUGCGAUCGAGGUGGUGAGGCCCGUCCAGUCUCAGCAGUUACGAAAGCCCGAGGCCAACCCGAACAAGUCUUCACACGUCGACACAUUGCUGUCAAUUAUUGCUGAAGAGACCGGCUGCGAGUUAUCAGACCUGACGGUUUCGACAAAGCUGGUGGAUCUCGGUGUUGACUCCAUAAUGGCCAUCCAGAUUGCGGAAAGCCUCCAGGCCAAGCUGGGUCUGGAAAUCGGUGCCUCCGUGUUCCACGAGCAUCCAACCCUUGGCGAGCUCCAGACAGCGCUGGAGUCGAGAACCGGCUUAGCACCCAAGAGAGUCGACAUGCAACAGCAGUACGAUACGCUGCUACCUACACAGUCCAACGGAAUCCAUGUCGCCCCUUCGCCGGUCGUCGACGUUGCGUCUCCAUCCGCGGGUGGCCAGGCUGGGCUCUUUGAGGUGCUUUUAUCUGCCAUCGCCACCGAGACAGGUGCUGAGCCAGCUGAUAUCGAUGCUGAUUUUACUGCCCUUGCUGACCUUGGUGUGGACUCCAUCAUGGCCAUGCAGAUUACCACAGCCGUUCGGGAGCAGACAGGCAUCGACAUCCACCCGUCGAUGCUUGUCCAAAACCCAACCAUUGGUGCAUUGAGGCGGACGCUAGGACAGGAUCAGAAACAUCAUGAGCAGAAGUCGACACGAGUGGCCAGCGGGUCAGCGACGAUGACAUCGGACAAUGUUUCCGUUAGGUCGGUCCGGACGCCGAGUCCGGCCACGUCGGAGCCCGUCAUGGUGGACGCGAGCAGCAUCCCUUCCGCACAUUUCCUGCAACAGGCAUCGGCACUUGCGGAUAUCGUUCCACCGGCGCCAGCCGCGACCCCGAAGGUAAACGUCGUCCUGAUGCAAGGCCGCAAGUCAUCCGGUCAUGUGCCGCUCUUCAUGUUCCCCGACGGCGCCGGCGGCGCUUCCACCUACAUGUACCUCAAACGGUUUCGCAACGAUCGCCCCCUGUACGUGCUCGAGUCUCCGUACCUCCACAACCCACAGGAUUUCACCGGGGGCGUCGAGGAAGUCUCGGCGCUCUUCAAGCAGGCCGUCCUCGACGUACACCCGUCCGGGAACUUCCUCUUAGCGGGGUACUCGGGUGGCGCCAUCUACGCGUACGAGACGGCUCGCCAACUCAUUCUGGACGGGCACACCGUGCAAGGCCUGCUGCUCUUCGACAUGGCGGUGCCCCGGCUCCGACCCGACCCAGGCAUGCCGCCGGCCAUGAGCCUGCUGCUCCCGGCGGCUAUGGUCAAGGCGCGCAACUGGGCCGACCCGGUCGUCAUGCGCAACCAGCAGGCGCACAUGGCGCAGAUGGUGCGCACCGUCGCCGAGUACGACCCCGUACCGAUGCCGCCCGGCCGGCGGCCCCACCGCACCUGGCUGACGUGGUGCAAACGCGGUGUUAUUGAGCGCCUCGGCGACGACGCGCGCCGGCAACUGCGGCAGAGUGGUAUUCUCACCGAAGCUAUACCCGACUUCAUGGAGGAUCCGGCCGUCGGCCCAUUUGCGUGGGCGAUCCCACCGGGCAAGCCUCUGGGGCCCAACGGCUGGGAUAAGCUUGUCGGCAACGUUAGAUGCACCUCCAUCGAUGCGGAUCACUUUACUAUGAUAAUUCCACCUGAUGUAAGCAUUUGA